UUGCCCAACUUAGCGUCCAGCCUACUGCUCCCAGUGGGACAGGAUCGCCCCCCUCACUGUCACCUGCCUCUGUCGCUGAGGAUGUCUUCUUUGGUAACAACGAUGAGGACCAGGAUGCGUGUUCAGUAGUCAGUGACUAUGACUGUCCUGGUCUGGAGUUGAGCAAUAGUGUGGAAGACCUGCUGGCCCUCAGCUCCUCUCUCAGAGACUCUGAAUACUUUAAAGACCUAGAGGGAGGGAUUCUGGCUUCACAGUUGACUGCAACCACAGUAGCCACGGGCCCAGAGAGCAAAACCCUCACUGUUGGCCUACAGGUGUCACUGAACACGGACAGUCCUGCCAUCAACCAACCUGUACAGACUUCUCUGACCACACACUGCCCUCAGGUCAAUGCGCCAAUAUCCCCCUCCUAUUUAGUCCCUGCAGAAGAACCUCACCACAGCUUUGUGGUCUCUCAGCUUAGUCCUAAAUUGUUGCCAGGUUGUAUCAUCGACAGCGGUGACUCAUCAGGCCCUGCAGUAGGGCUUAGUUUGACAAUUAACCUGAAUGGACUAUUAGGAUCAAUGGAAAUGGAGAAAGCGGUAACAGGAUCAGAAGGGGAACAGGAGCAAACCACUAUGGAUUCUGAUGGAGAGCAAGACCUGGACAGCUUUCCUAUUCUGGUUAGAUCGAUGUCAACAUCUCGAAGGCACAGCUGGGGUGUCCCUCUGUCUCCCAUUAACCUGGGGAGGAGACUGAGCCUGGAUACCAUGGCCAUGGACAGCGAUGGAGAGAGAGAGGAUGAUGAUGAGGAGAGACAGAAUAGUCUCUUCCGGUCCACCCAGGAGCAGAGUAACAGCCAGACAGCCUGUCCUGGGGAUGAGCCAGAUGGUUCCAAGCUGAGGGUCUCCUGUCACAGAGCCAGGGUCACCAGCAUGGCUGAUGGUGUUCCUGGCAGGCAUCUGUACUCCCGCUCGGAGAUUCUUGCAACAGACGAAUGUUCCCGUGCUGCACACAUCUCUCGUGUUGUACAGACAUCCAAACAGGCCGCAAGGGCAGCAGGAGCAGAGGAGUUCGACCCUGAGGAAAACUUACAUUCUACUGAAGGACAGAGCCACAUAGCGAAGCAGAGGAACAACAAAUCAGAGACCAAAGCGAUUGGAAGUGUCACUUGGUAUGAGUUCCUCUCUAAAGAGAAUGACGAAGAGGAUGAUCGUUUAGAGAAGGUGGAGAAAGGUACCAAGGUAAAGAGAACUCUCAGCUCUCUGAGGAACCGGAUGACGGGCUCCUUCAACAAAGAGAAGGGUAAGAACCGAGAAAAAGAGCUGCAGAAAGAGAAGGGGAAGGAAAAGGAGGCCAGAGAGAAAGAGAAAGUGUGCAGUAACAGCCAUAAUUUGGUGCCAGGCUUUUUCUCCAGCUGUGCAACCUGCUCACUGUGCAGCAAGACCUUGCAGAAAAAGCACAGCAUGCAGUGCACGAAUUGUGCUGUGAACGUUCACAAGAGCUGCAAGUCUCUGUUGGGUGACUGCACCAGCAGCAGGAAUAAGAGAGAUUCCAUACAGAGGACGGGCCCAUCUGGAUCUCCUAACCUUGCGCUAAAAGACCGAGACAGAGAGCGGGAGCAUUCAGGCACAGCCUCAUCACAGUUCCUGGAUGGAUACUCAAGUGUUCUCAGCGUCCCAGGCAUGACCAUUAGUCCGCGGGGACCAAACACUCAGCCUACUGCCGCCCAUACCACCAACACUACUGCAACCUCUGCCCACAGUCUUGGCCACAGCCUCCAUCACCACAGUAGCUCAGGAUUCCUCCCUGGGGAGAUGGAUGAGACCGAUGCUCUCCGCUCCAAACGCUGCAAUGAAGACGCCAUUUCCCUCGCUCCCUCCACCACCGAGUCUAUCAUCGUAGAAGAUGCUCACCAUGCAGCAGUGCGGUCUGAUCUGGAGUCUGAUGCCCAGGACCUGGAGGCAGAGUCUUGGAGUUUGGCAGUUGACCAGCAGUAUGUUAAGAAGCACUCUAAAGAAACAGUGAAGAGACAGGACGUGAUAUAUGAGCUGAUGCAGACGGAGAUGCAUCAUGUGCGGACACUGAAGAUAAUGCUGCAUGUUUACGUUCGAGAGCUGAGGGAGAACCUCCAGAUGGACUCGAGUAGGCUGGACUGUCUGUUCCCCCGCUUGGAAAACCUCCUGGAGCUUCACACACAUUUCCUGUCUCGUCUCAAAGAACGCCGGCGAGAAAACCUUGUUUCACCCACCGACAGGAACUACAUUAUCAACAGAGUGGCAGACAUACUGAUUACACAGUUCUCAGGUGAAAUAGGAGAGAGGAUGAAGGACUACUAUGGAGAUUUCUGCAGUCACCACACUGAGGCUGUCAGCUACUACAAAGAACAGCUGCAAAACAACAAAAGGUUCCAAAUCAUCAUACGGAAAAUCAAUAACCUGUCCAUUGUGCGGAGGUUAGGAGUGACUGAGUGCAUUCUGUUGGUGACACAGCGCAUUACGAAGUAUCCAGUACUAGUGGAGCGCAUUCUGCACAACACUGAAGUGGGUACGGAAGAACAUGAAGAGCUGACUCGGGCACUGGGUCUCAUUAAAGCCACAAUUAGUCAGGUGGAUGCGCUGGUUAAUCUCCAUGAGAAGACAUCUCGGCUUCGAGACAUACACAACAAGAUGGAGCCAAAGGCAUUGGGAAAAAUCAAAGAUGGCCGAGUGUUUCGCAGGGAGGACCUGGCACAGGGCAGGAGACGGCUGCUGCAUGAAGGCACAGUCAACUGGAAAGCUGCCUCUGGCAGGCUCAAAGAUAUUCUUGCAGUCCUCCUCUCUGACGUUUUACUCCUGCUACAAGAGAAGGACCAGAGAUAUGCAUUUGCUACAGUGGAUAACAAGCCGUCAGCGAUCUCUCUGCAGAAGCUGAUUGUCAGGGAAGUGGCUCAUGAGGAGAAAGCUAUGUUUCUUAUUUGUGCUUCCUCCAAUGAGCCAGAGAUGUACGAGAUCCACACCUAUUCCAAGGAGGAACGAAACACAUGGAUGACACAAAUACGGCAAGCUGUUGAAAGCUGUCCUAAUACAGAAGAGAGGUUUGUCAGCGAGGAGGAAGAGGCACGGGCUUCCCGGUUCAAAGAAUUUCAAGAACGUCUGAGCCAGAAGGAUACAGUAAUCGUCCAGGCUCUUACUGAGAAGCUGCAGUUGUUUGCAGACAUGGCAGAAUCUGUGGCAGGUCUGGAGGACACAGGUUCUCGGUCCAGACUACUUCUGCGAGGAGAAGCCUCAGAACUCCAGCAGGGGGAGACCCUGCUCAAAGGAGCAAUCACUGAUGUUGAAAACCUCCAGAACUUGCUGCAGUCUGGAGUGAGAGAGGAAACUCCAACCUCACGGCUGGAUGAAGGGAGCGGCUCUGGAGUUCUGCCCAGGAGAGCAGACACCUUUGGGGGCUAUGACAGCAGCCCCACCAUCCUCAGUAAGAAUGGCAGUGUCAAGAAGAACUUUUCUGGCGAGUCGAGAAACAAAGACAGAAGCCAGAGAGCCAGCUCCGACCCUCAGCUCAAAGACCUCUCUGGCAGCCACACUCUGGAGCAGACGGUUGAUGAAAGUUGCUGCUCUCCUGCCAGAUGGAACUGCAUUUGGUCCAACUCCUUCCCCGAGGCUGAGUUCUUCGACAGAGUGCUGAUGCUCUCCCAGAGGCUCUACAGUCUGCAGGCCAUCAUAUCACAGCAGGACAGCCAAAUUGAGCUGCAGCGAGCCUCAAUGAUAGAGCGGGCCUCCCUGCCUGGACGCCACAGAGGCAACGUGCUCCUGGAGCAGGAAAAACAGCGGACUCUGGCCCUGCAGAGAGAGGAACUAGCCAGCUUCCACAAGCUGCAGUCUCAGCACCGGCAGGAACAGCAUCGCUGGGAGAGGGAGCGGGAGAGGCACCGCCACCAAGUGGAGACCACAGAGGCCAGACUCCGACUAAGGGAGGAUGAGUGCAGGCGGCUGGAGGAGCGUCUGGCAGAAGAGAAGGUGGAGCUGGAGAGGCAGAGGGAGACAUACCAGCAGGACCUGGAGAGGCUACGAGAGUCCACCAGAGCUGUGGAGAAAGAGAAGGAACGCCUGGAGCACCAGAAGAAGAUCAAGAGGAAAACCAUUGAGGUGGCUCCUCUGUCUGGCAGCCUGAACGGGGAGCCCCUCACGUCCUCCAGCUCCACUAGCGUGUCCGACUUGCCCCUGAAGCCUCUGGUGCGUGCCAGCUUAUCUGUUGCACCAGCUGACUACCCAGAGCGCCCCGAAUUGAUGUUGCGACGGGAGGCGGGCUCUUCCACCCAGCCACUAAAGACAGAGGUGCCGCUCCAUCUCUUCAGCGCCACCAACCAGCAGCAUAAGCUGGUUGGGGUGCAGCAGCAGAUCCCCACCAAGCUGGCGGCCUUCAGUAGCGGCAAAGGGAAAGGAGGCAAGACUGGCAAAGCCUCACAUCGCACUGACAGCACUGCCUCAGUGGAUAUGAAGCAGAUGCUGCCACUGAAGCUGUCCGCCCGAGAUGACAACACCCUCAAGGCCAAGCGCUCUAUCAGCCCCCACCAGCAGCUCCCGCUGUCAACCCCUCCUCAGCCUCACUCCCAUCAUCACCACACAGAUCAACUAAGUCCUCCAGACAAUGCUGGACCAGACGGCCAAUCCACAUCCACCAUCAGCACCUCCCACCCCAAUGCUCAGAAGCCCCCCAUGCCCCCUGCACAGUCCCAUCCUCAGCCUGCCAUGCAACCUCCCACCAUGCCUCUCCACUUGCAGAGCACAGGACCUGUCCAGUUCCAGCCCCAUCUGCCGCCGCAGAGCCUCAGUCCCAACGCCCAGGCCAAUGUCCAGAUGAACGUUCAGGGGCUCACACACAGCCACAGCAUGCCGCCGCCCUAUAAGAUCACCACUGAAGACCUCAAUAAGGAGGACGUCAUCUUCUUCUAAACGCGAGUCUGCUGCCCCUCAGAUCAGUAGCUGGAUGCAAAACAAAGAAGGUUGCUGGUUCUCAUUACACACGAUAAUGUGACAUUCAGUUUAGCGUGUGUUGUUUCCGAGAGUUGAUUAAGGUACGGUUAUUUGUUGCAGCAAUUUAUUGCAGAGAGCAAAGCCUUUGUUGGAGCUACAGUGGCUCACAUGGAGAGAAAAAAAUUCACGUUUUAUUCAAAAAAGUGGAAAUUUCUAUUUUAACACAGCUACACCAUCCUUGCUUUUAAACUGGCACAGUUUCCUUUUUAUUUAAUUUAGUUUUAUUUCCAAACUCAAGAGGACCAUAAGUUUGAAGUGGAAACCAUAGGUGAAACAAAGGAAUGUUGUAUCUUAAAAGGUUUAAAUGAAGUUAUAGCAAUCCAAAGACAUUAGCUGUGAGAGCAGAAGGGGAUUUAACUAUGAGAGACAAUGUGAAAGAAAAACUGCCAGGUGCAUUUCAGGAGACUCUGGUCAGACUGGUUAGCUAUGGUGCUCUGGCCUCACCGUCUGCUCCCACUGGACCUGGAACGAGAAAUGAUUCAGCAGGAACUCAGAAGUGAUUCAGCUCUUAAAACAUGAACACACUCUGCUUGAUGUUUCAUUUGCACAGUGUAAAUACUCCAUUCCAGACUAAUGAAUGAACGUUUACGGACUAGUGCUUAGAUGUACAAUUGUUGAAAUUGUGAAAAUUUCAUUUCAUGAUUUUUUUUUUGUUUUGUUUUCUAAUGAUAGGUCAGCAGAUGAGAAACAAGGCUGUUGUGUAAAAAUUGGCCUGAUCAUUUAAGGAAGAGUUCAGUUUUUUCAGUUGUUUCAUAUGGUUUUUAUAUGGAUUUUCCAGCUCAUACAGAGCAAGAUGAACUCAAGGAGGCCUUACUUAUGUCUGUACCGUUAGAAAGAAGGUGAGAUUAAUCUAUUUAAGCUCUGUUCUUGCAUUUCUGGGCAGCAGUUCUCAAAAUCACUGAGCAUUUCAUACUCUGCUUUUCCUAGCAUUAACAGUAUUUUUAAACAGCCUAUUCACAUUUUACUUUCUCUCACAAAGGUUUUGGACUCUUUUCACAGCAGGUAGACCAGAUGUUACAAAAGACAAAAGAUUAUUCAUUAAAUACAAAAUUAUCAACAAAGAAGUACAUAAAUUCAGUAUGUACUUUAAACCUAAAAGGUUGUUGGCUGGUUUCGUUAAAGAUCCAUUCCCAAAUUGCAAUCAGAUGUGCCACUAUUUCCAUUGACAGUCAGGGAAUUGGUACCAUCUAGCACAAUUUUCAGAUAUCAAAAAGUUUGACUCUGGGACACAUUUUCCUAAAUCUUUCCCUGUAAAAAACAAAAAGCAUAUCUAUUCCCAUUUUAGUGGACAUGUAGUGUACUAUACAAUUCAUGCUACAUGUUAUUUUAAGGGUAAAAUUAAUUCUGCUUAAAUUUUCUGACCAGUGACGUCCCUGGAAAAUGUGAGGAUUAACUGGAUAGUACAUUGAAUACAUGGUAAUAUUCACAACACACUGUUUUGAAGAUAUGUGCUGAAAUUAUUCAAAUCCAUCACAAUACUAAUUAUAAAAAAGUAGAAAAGCCGCCUGAGGUAAAGUAGGAAUAUGAACCGUCAUAAAAACACCCAAUUCCCACUCUCACUGUCUCCCAUUCAUAAAGGACUCGCAGGACAGAAAAUUUCAGCAAGUUGAAGUUUAAUGGAUUCCCAGUUCAAUCCACUUGUGUCUUAGUUUUUUUACUCCCGUCGUGAUAAAAAAAUAAAAACGUGUUUGACAAGUCUACUUUUUGAAAGCUCACGUCUCUGGACUUCAUUUUGCUGAAUCGACGGUUUUUAAAUUUGUUAGACAGAGUUAAUUUUAGCGAGCCGGUAUAUCUUUGAGAUAUAUAUGAAGGUGUCAGUUUUAAUUGAGGCCCUUAGGUGUCAUUGACAGUUUGUUAUAUUGGUCGCUGAUGACAUUUCUUUAGCUAGGUCUUAAAUCUCUGUGCCUGACAGAAAAGCAGUACUAUGAUGGGUGCAGUGGUCCCGCAGCAAGAACGACUAUCAGCUGUUGUCUAAGAUUUCAGUCUUUAUUUUUCUUCAAAGAAGAAAAAUGAGGAUGUCCAUCAUGGGGUUUGUGUGUGUGUGUGUGCGUGCCUGCGUGCGGUACCUUUUUAAAUCAUGAAGUAGUCAGUACAUGAAUGUGUUUUGUGUCUCUGGAGGGAAUGUCAAAAGAGCUUUUUUGUCUUAGUCCAAAUAAGCUUGUCUGUGAAGCUGUGAUCAGAAGCUGGAGUUUGAUUUAAUAUAUUGUGUAGAUUUUUGUACAUAUUGUAAGUGAUCUUUCCUGCAGCAUCUGCCCUCUUACACACGCUUGUAUUAGGAACAGAAAUUUUUGAUGUGAAUCAAGAUGCAAAAGUCAGCCAAAAGUCUGUUUCGUCACACAUGGAAAUACACACGUGGGUGUGUAUGUACAAUACGGUAUGCCUUCCUCGAAUAGACUGCAGGAAAAGAAACCACAACCAUUCAAAUUCUGUUAUUCAAAUGAAAUGAAGGUUUGCAUAUUUAAUCUCUUGAUGUGUGUUAAUGUUGUAGCAUUGAAGUUGAGGUGCACUGUCUGCCGUCUUUGUCCUGCAAUUCAUGAGUGAUGUUUCAUCAAGAUUAUGUAGCAGUUUAAAAAAGCAAAAAAAAAAAAUCAUCUGCUUGUUUCAGUCGGUUAAACCAAAGAGACAUUCGCCUGACGUGGUUCCUCUCUGCACUCGUAUAUGAAAGAUGAAUGACACUGUGUUGGUUGUGAGGUUGUCCACAAAGUGUUAUUACCUGUGAAAUCGUCCUCCAGGGAGUGUCCAUAACAAGUAUGGUUACAGCAAAUUGUUGUCCAGCUCAUAUCCUGCUUCAGGAAAUGGAUUAGUUUGCAGCCUCAUAUCCACAAGUAUAACAAAUAUAUCUUUAAACCAAGGUGAACAUAAUAUUCUGAAAAACAAGAUAUUGUAAGAUAUUACACAACAAUUUGUCAAUUCUCGCCCAUAGUGGCACAUCCAAACUACAAAGAGAUCACCACAAAAAACAGUGGACUGGUAAUAUGCACGUGGACAUACUAUAUGGUUUUCAGUGGGUGGAACCUUAUUAAAACUACUACUUUUAAAAGACUUUGACAAAACAAUCCUGACUAAAGGUCCAUUUACUAACCUUUUUCCCACCAGAACUUUCAAUCUCAUUACGCUUAAUAAGCAAAGCAUCAGCUUAACUUAAAAUCCAACACAAAUGUGAAGUCUUAAGAGUGUGAUAUCAUUCCAGCUUCUUGGUUCGCUUGUCAUGGCAACUGAGCAAGCUUCUGUAAAUAUGCUGAUGAAGACCAUGCGAAAUGGUUGAGUGCUCCAGAAAAAGCCCCAAUCUUGAGUUGUGAUUGUUUUGCCAAAAUAUUUCGAAUUAGAAUAAACUUUGAUGUUUAGCACUUCAUAAUAUUUCCGUGUGAGUUCAGUUCUGCUCCAGGUACGAGACUUUUAGUGAGGAGUGCAUGUUGUCUGUUGGUGCCACUGUUCAGAUCAACUCAAGUCUUAAAUGCUCUUUUUCUUUACUGACCUGCCUAACCUCUUUGCUGUUUUAAACACGGCAGCCAGUCAGUCACAUCACUGUGUGUGUCUGUGUGCGUGUGAGCACGCUCGCCACCAAAAAACACAACAAAAACAUUUCUAACAGUUUCCAGAGUCAUUUUUGUUUUGUUUUGUUUUGUUUUUUUAAAUACACACACACACGUUGGACCUGUAUUGUGUAAAUAAUCCUGAACAUACUUUAUUUCCUCGGCCAAUUUUACACUAGUCACUUUGGAUAGUAGCAUACUUGAAGGGGAAAAUGAAUGUUUAUCAUGCUUAUUAUUAUUAUUGUCUGUCUUUACCAAGAGCUGUCAAAUGACAUUUGUAGCACACAGCGAAAGUGAUUUUUGUACUUUUUAUUUUAUUCACUGCGAGAUGUUAGAACAACCUGUGGAUACAAACUGCUGCCUUAGAGAAAGUUUAGUAAUAAAAAAGUC